UACGCCCGCGCGCGCUCCCUCCCACCCCUCCCCUCCACCACCACAAGCACCGCGUCGACACCACCUGCCAUCGCCGCGCCGAGCUCAGCCUCUAGCUAGCUGCGCCAGGAGGGCGCCCGCCUCGCUCCCUCCCUGCCGACGCCAGUGCGAUGGAGCUGCACAAGUACUGGGGCGUGGGGGGCCGGCGGUGCGGCGGCUGCGAGGCGGCCCCGGCGGCGGUGCACUGCCGCUCGUGCCCCGCCACCGCCGGGGGCGCGUUCCUCUGCGCUGCGUGCGACGCGCGCCCGGGGCACGCGCGGCUGGGCCACGAGCGCGUGUGGAUGUGCGAGGUCUGCGAGCUGGCCCCCGCCGCCGUCACCUGCAAGGCCGACGCCGCCGUGCUCUGCGCCGCCUGCGAUGCCGACAUCCACGACGCCAACCCGCUGGCGCGCCGCCAUGCGCGCGUCCCCGUCGCGCCCAUCGGGUCCGAGGCCGCCGCCUCCGCCGUCGAGGCCAUGCUGUUCGGGACCGGCGACGGCGACCCGGCCGCGCCCGAGGCCGAGGAGCCGCAGGACGCGGCGGCCGGGCACGGGCACGGGCAGCUCCAGCACCACCACCAGCACGCGCUGAACCUCAACGUGGAGGCCAAGGACAUGAAGCUGGACUACCUCUUCUCCGACCUGGACCCCUACCUCAGCGUCGACAUCCCGCGCUUCCAGCACGCCGACAGCGUCGUCCCCAGCGGCGUCGGCGCCGGAGCCGCCGCCGGCGCCGUCGAGCUGGACUUCACGUGCGGCAUCGGCGUCAAGCCCUCCUCGUACAGCUCCUACACGGCAACAUCCUUCGCCCACAGCGGCUCCUCCUCUGAGGUCGGCGUGGUGCCGGAGGCCUUCUGCGGCGGCGGCGCCGGGACCUUCGAGCUCGACUUCACCCGGCCCAAGCCUCAAGCCUACAUGCCGUACACCGCGACUCCUCAGAGCCACAGCGUGUCGUCGGUGGACGUGGAGGUGGCGGCGGCGGAGCGGGGGGACAUGGCGGCGGCGAGGCCGGUGCCGCUGGUGGGGGAGAGCCGGGAGGCGCGGCUGAUGCGCUACCGGGAGAAGCGGAAGAACCGGCGGUUCGAGAAGACCAUCCGGUACGCGUCCCGGAAGGCCUACGCCGAGACGCGGCCGCGGAUCAAGGGCCGGUUCGCCAAGCGCGCCGACCACGACGCCGACGACGCCGAGGCCGAGGCCGCCGUGCCGUCGCCGGCGUCGUACGUGCUCGACUUCGGCUACGGCGUCGUGCCCAGCUUCUGAUCGAUCGACGACGGUCCGGCGGGCGGCGGCGCGCCUGACCCGGCACUGGCGCGCGCGCCUUGUGUACUUGUAUCGAUGCAUCAUGUAUAGGGGAGGAAUAGUAAAUCCCAUGUACUACUCUCUUUUUGGAGCUGUGCUAGCCUUGCGCACGCUAGUGAUGUAUAAUUUGUAUACUACGCGCUGCUACUUACUACUAGCAUGUUCUUGCUGGAAUUAGCCCCGGCUAUUUUUGAAUCAAAUCUAUGCAAGAAAUUUGUAACGGUAGCCGCUACUGAGAACGAACCCCACGAUUCAUCAUCUUAAGUCA